AAUUUGCAGUUUCGACCAUUGUUUUUCUUCCCUUUCUGUGUUGUUUUGUUAGAAAUCGUUAAAUAGCAGUGAAGCAUGUCGGGUUAUUAUUAUUAUUACUCCGGGUGCCAAGAUCAGUACGAUGCCCACUACCUCGAUGCCUGCUCUCUUUGCCGCAAAUCGCUUCACAAUUCCGACAUUUUCAUGUACAGAGGGAAUACACCGUUUUGCAGCAAAGAGUGUAGACAAGAACAGCUGGAGGUGGACGAAUCGAGAGACAAGAACAGGAAAUCCGGUAGAUCUUUUAGGAAAUCAGAUGCCCAGAACUCUACCGGUAACAAAACUGUACGGACCGGCACGGUUGCUGUGAAUUAAUCCAGUAAUCACUGA